GUCUCCAGAGGAGAUUGCUCAGGUACCAGCCAACUCCACCAGCAACAUCCUCAACAGGCUGAUGGUGACAUAUGACUCUCGGAUACGACCCAACUUUAAAGGUGUUCCAGUGGAAGACAAGAUCAAUAUGUUCAUCAACAGUUUUGGCUCCAUCCAGGAAACCAACAUGGACUACCGUGUGAACAUCUUCCUGCGUCAGCGGUGGAACGACCCGAGGCUGAAGCUCCCGGCGGACUUCAAAGGAGAAGCGCUGACGGUGGACCCCAAGAUAUUCCAGUGUCUGUGGAAACCAGACCUGUUCUUCGCCAACGAGAAACACGCCAACUUCCAUGACGUCACGCAAGACAACAUCCUGUUAUUUAUCUUCAGGAACGGAGACAUUCUCAUCAGCAUGAGGUUAUCAGUGACUCUGUCCUGCCCUCUGGACCUCACUCUGUUCCCCAUGGACACACAGCUCUGCAAGAUGCAACUGGAGAGCUUUGGCUACACCACCAGUGAUCUGGUCUUCAUGUGGAUGGCAGACCCAGUGCAGAUGGAUGAAAUCGCUCUGCCUCAGUUUGACAUCAAACAGCAAGAGAUCGAGUACGGAAACUGCACCAAAUUCUACCAAGGAACAGGUUACUACACCUGUGUGGAGGUGAUCUUUACAUUAAGGAGACAGGUGGGCUUCUAUAUGAUGGGAGUCUACGCCCCCACCCUUCUCAUCGUGGUUCUCUCCUGGCUGUCCUUCUGGAUCAACCCUGAUGCCAGCGCUGCCAGGGUUCCUCUGGGUAUCCUGUCUGUCCUGUCCCUGUCCAGUGAGUCCAUGUCUCUGGCGUCAGCGCUUCCUAAGGUCUCCUAUGUGAAGGCGAUAGACAUCUGGCUCAUCGCAUGUCUGCUGUUCGGCUUCGCUUCACUGGUGGAGUAUGCAGUGGUACAGGUCAUGUUAAACAGCCCUAGGCGUAUAGAAGAGGAGAAGUCUAAGAUGGCAUCUAAAGAGAAGGCUCUGAGAGAGAAAGAGGGGAAGAAGACUCCUUCUAAAACCAACACUGUCAACGGGACCGGAGGAACGCCCAUUCAUCACGUUAGCACUCUGCAGGUGGUGGAGACCCGCUGUAAGAAGGUGUGUACAUCUAAGUCAGACCUCCGCUCUAAUGACUUCAGCAUCGUGGGAUCUCUCCCCAGAGACUUUGAGCUUUCUAACUUUGACUGCUACGGCAAGCCCAUUGAGGUUACCGGGGCAACCGGCAAAUCACAGGCCAAGAACAACAAGAAGGCCCCGCCCCCUAAACCUGUCAUCCCCGCUGCAGCCAAACGCAUCGACCUGUACGCACGCGCUCUGUUCCCCUUCAGUUUCCUCUUCUUCAACGUCAUAUACUGGUCUGUCUACUUGUAGGUAGGG